GACAGGCGAAGCAUCCAAGGUCUUUCGCACAUGUGGACUCCCUUCCUCUUCCUCCUUUCCCCAGUCUUUACACGCCCGCUCGUGAAUGCUGCGGAUACCGCAGCGGCGGUUGCAAGUCCCCUCUCCUCCUCCUCCCCACCAUCCCAUCCCUGGGCUCCAAACCAAACAAAAUCCACUCUCUCUCUCGACCCAAACCGGGCAACCAUGAGGUCUCCUCCAUCCCACAGCCCCAACUCCUCCUCCCACCGCAAGGACAAACUCCCAUUGCCGUCCUCCGACCUCCUCCCGGCCGAGCCCUGGAUCGACGACGCCGGCGCCCUCGAUGCGGACCACCUGGCCCGGACCCUCGCCGGCAUCAAGGCCAAGGGUCUUCGCCCCGACCUCCUCGGCUCCGUCGUCUCCCAUUACGCCUCUCGGUGGCUCCCCGAGAUGGCCACGGGCCGCGCCGCCGAGCCCUCCCCGCCUCCCGAGAGCCCCACCGCCGCGUGGCUCAAGAAGCGCUUCCUCGUCGAGACCCUGGUGGGCGUCCUUCCCCCGGAGAAGGACGCCGUCCCCUGCGACUUCUUACUGAGGCUCCUGAGGACGGCAAGCAUGGUCGGGGCGGCGGCCGGCUGUAUCGGAGAGCUGGAGGCGCGUGCGGGGCGGCAGCUGGACCAGGCGUCGCUGCGGGAGGUGAUGAUACCGGCGUUCAGCCACACGUGCGGGACGCUGCUGGACGUGGGGCUGAUGCUGAGGCUGGUGCGGUGGUUCGUCGGGGCGGAAGAGGGCCCGGCGGCGGUGGCGAGAAGCGGGGCCGCGGCGCUGGCCAAGGUGGCCAAGCUGGUGGACGCGUAUCUGGCGGAGGCGGCUCUCGACGCCGGGCUGGCGGUGGCGGAGUUCGAGGAGCUGGCCCGGGCCGUGCCGGCACACGCGCGGGCCACCGACGACGGGUUGUACCGGGCCAUCGACACGUAUCUCAAGGCCCAUCCGAACACGACCAAACAAGAUAAGAAGGCUCUAUGCAGGGUCAUCGACGCUCGGAAGCUGUCUUCGGAGGCGUCCGUCCAUGCCGCCCAGAACGAGCGCCUCCCCGUUCGAUCCGUGAUCCAAGUGCUCUUCUCCGAGCGCUGCAAGCUCCACCGGCUCACCGAAUGGAGUGCGUCGUUUACUGGGCCACGGAGCCCGAACCCGGCCCUCGAACCUCCAAUGCGGGUCCCCUCCAAAAGGGAGGUCCUGGCCCAGCAGCAUGAGAUGCGUAAACUGCGGGAGGAUGUGGCCAGGCUCCAGGUCCAGUGCCAUGCCCUGCAAGCCCAAGUGGACAGGCUUGUAUUGGAGAAGAGGAAGAAGGGGUUCUUCAGGUGGAGUUCUUUGCUUUUCCGAAGUGCUGACGUGGUGGACAAGGUUGAGGACUAUGAUGUCGGGGCGGGUCGCCGGCCACGGAUGGAUGCCAAGAAGGGAAGGCUGGCUCAAGGAAAGGGCACACCACCCAAGUGGCGCAACUCCAUGUCCUGAAGAAGAAAUGCAACCGAAUGGUUUUGUGAUUAAUGUCUCGGAAUAUCUUCUGUCAUGGUAAACUCCAUAAUCUAAUAUCUCGCAUUAUGUUCUAAUGAUACGACUACAACCCAAAGUAAGUGAAAAUAUUAUGUUACCCUAGAAUAUGUGAGAGGAUCAGCGCGGGUGUUAUUCAAUCUCACAUUGUUUGCAUGCUGAGAACAUUUUGAGUACUUAUAUGGGGUCAAGAAUCGAAAACAACUCCUUUUAGCAAGUGUUUUUGAAUGAUCUAUCCUUGAUAAUUUUGGUCACAGAUGCAUUGUACAAGCAAAUUAUAUGGUGUAUUUCUCCGAAAAAAUUAAUAUGGUGCGAUGUUUA